UUCAACUUUUUUUCGUAAGAAAAUAAAGAAAUUAAAAUUUUAACUUUUUUAAAAAAAAAAAAAAAAAAAUAAAGUGCUUUUCUACAGCCCCAAGUGAACGUGGGUUUGAGGAGAGAGUUCUUGGUGUUUAUAUAAACAAUUAACAAAAGACUCAGAUUUCAUUCUCAAACCUCCUCUCUUCCCUCUUCUCUCUUUCCCUUCUUCAACCACAUCACUCAUUUUCUUUACCAAAUUUAAAGAAAAACAAAACAAAGAAAUGGAAGAUACAAGGUCCAGAUUCAAGAGAAUUUGUGUUUUUUGUGGAAGCAGUUCUGGGAAGAAGCCUAGCUACCAAUCUGCAGCUAUUGAACUUGGCCAAGAACUGGUGGAGAGAAGGAUUGAUCUUGUUUAUGGAGGUGGGAGCGUGGGAUUGAUGGGUCUUGUUUCUCAGGCUGUUCAUGAUGGCGGGCGACACGUUCUAGGAAUAAUCCCAAGAACCCUAAUGCCUGUGGAGAUAACUGGAGAGACCGUUGGAGAAGUCAAACCGGUGUCGGAUAUGCACCAAAGAAAGGCCGAGAUGGCUCGACAAGCCGAUGCUUUCAUUGCUUUACCUGGAGGAUAUGGGACCCUUGAAGAGCUUCUUGAAGUUAUUACAUGGGCACAACUUGGAAUCCAUCGCAAGCCAGUGGGAUUGUUGAAUGUGGAUGGAUAUUACAAUUCGUUGCUAAGUUUCAUCGAUAAGGCAGUUGAUGAAGGCUUUGUUUCUCCAACUGCACGUCGUAUUAUUGUGUCUGCUCCAACUGCCAAGGCUUUAGUCAGACAACUUGAGGAAUACGUACCGGAGUACGACGAGAUAACGUCACAGUUAGUGUGGGAAGAUGUUGACAGGAGAAGUUACGUGGCCGAAUCAGAGGUUGCCACGUAAUGAUGGAAGCUAGGUCAAAGUCUUUGAUGGAAAAAGGCAUUGUUUUGUCGUUUUCUUGGGUAUAUAAUAUUUUUAUAUAAAUAUAUAAUAUUAUAUAUAUUUAUGAGCAAAGCAUGUGAUCUUUGCAUAGGGCAGCAACUUCCAACACAGGGAACUAUCCUUUUUCUUUUUUCUUUUUUUCCUUUUCUUUUCUUUAAUUUCCUUUUGGGAUUUUAGGUUUUGAAGUUUUUUAUUUUUUUUUGUGGGCAUUUUAGCCAUUUUAUGUAUACAUGUUGGAAGUGAAAAGAAAAAGAAAUUGGAAAUA